AUGAGAUUAAGAACUGCCAUUGCCACACUGUGCCUCACGGCUUUUACAUCUGCAGCUUCAAACAAUAGCUACAUCGCUGCGGAUCAAACGCUAAAUGCCUUCAAUGACACCCACUUUUGUAAGGUAGAUAGGAAUGAUCAUGUCAGUCCUAGUUGUAACGUAACAUUCAAUGAACUAAAUACUAUAAAUGAAAACAUUAGAGAUGAUCUGUCGGCAUUAUUAAAAUCUGAUUUCUUCAAAUACUUUCGGCUGGAUUUAUACAAGCAAUGCUCCUUCUGGGACGCCAACGAUGGUCUGUGCUUAAACCGCGCUUGCUCUGUUGACGUGGUGGAGGACUGGGAUACACUACCUGAGUACUGGCAGCCUGAGAUCUUGGGUAGUUUCAAUAACGAUACAAUGAAGGAAGCGGAUGAUAGCGAUGACGAAUGUAAGUUCUUAGAUCAACUAUGUCAAACCAGUAAAAAGCCUGUAGAUAUUGAAGACACCAUCAACUACUGUGAUGUAAAUGAUUUCAACGGGAAGGACGCCGUUCUGAUUGAUUUAACAGCAAACCCGGAGAGAUUUACAGGUUAUGGCGGUAAGCAGGCUGGUCAAAUCUGGUCUACUAUCUACCAAGAUAACUGUUUCACGAUUGGUGAAACUGGUGAAUCGCUGGCCAAAGACGCAUUUUAUAGACUUGUAUCCGGGUUCCAUGCCUCUAUCGGUACUCAUUUAUCAAAGGAAUACUUGAACACAAAAACUGGUAAAUGGGAGCCCAAUCUAGAUUUAUUUAUGGCAAGAAUUGGGAACUUUCCCGAUAGAGUGACAAACAUGUAUUUCAAUUAUGCUGUUGUAGCUAAAGCUCUUUGGAAAAUUCAGCCAUAUCUACCGGAAUUUUCAUUCUGUGAUUUAGUCAAUAAAGAAAUCAAGAACAAAAUGGAUAACGUUAUUUCCCAGCUAGACACAAAUAUUUUCAACGAAGACUUAGUUUUUGCUAACGACCUAAGUUUGACUUUGAAGGACGAAUUCAGAUCCCGUUUCAAGAAUGUCACGAAAAUAAUGGAUUGUGUGCAAUGUGAUAGGUGUAGACUGUGGGGUAAAAUUCAAACUACUGGUUACGCAACUGCUUUGAAAAUUUUGUUCGAAAUCAACGAUGCUGAUGAAUUCACCAAACAACACAUCGUUGGCAAGUUAACCAAAUAUGAAUUAAUUGCGCUAUUACAAACUUUUGGUAGAUUAUCUGAGUCUAUCGAAUCUGUUAACAUGUUCGAAAAAAUGUACGGGAAAAGGGUAAACGGUUCUGAAAACAGGUUGAGCUCUUUCUUCCAAAAUAACUUCUUCAACAUUUUAAAGAAGGCCGGGAAAUCUAUUCGUUACACCAUAGAAAACAUCAACUCCACUAAAGAAGAAAAGGAAAAAACUAACGAUUCGCAAUCACAUGCAUUCGAUGACUUGAAAAUGCCCAAACCAAAAAGAGUUCCAAGACCCGCUAAUCGGACAGAAAAUAAAUGGAAGAAGGCUUGGAAUACCGAAAUCAGCAACGUUUUAGAAGCAUUCAGAUUUAUUUAUAGAAGCUAUAUUGAUCUACCCAGGAACAUCUGGAAAUUAUCUUUGAUGAGAGCAUACAAACUUUGGAAUAAAUUCAUCGGUGUCGCUGAUUAUGUUAGUGAGGAGAUGGAAGAACCAAUUUCUUAUAAACUGGAUAUACAAUAA